AUACCCAUUCAUUAAUUUAUUCUGGGUAUUUUACCCAACAGGUUGACAGUAGUUUCACUGCUCAUGUUUAGUGGGGCAUUCAGAGAGGGGGCUGAUGCUUGGACAGCAGUUAGAUCAGAAGAUUGAUAAGGGAACAUAGGAUAAGAACAGGCAGAUUCAGUUGAAAUUAUAGCCUGUUCAAAUAUGCAAUAAGAUAAUUUGCUUUGGGUCCUGGAACUUUUUCAAAGUUACCCAGUGGCAGUCUUUAGAAUCAGAGUGUCUCUUUACCUUCUUAGAAGAGUGAGGACAUACUGACCAAUUCUCUACUAUUCAUUUUCUACAUUCUUUAUGCUGUUGCCUCCACUGCAGAAUAGCGUCUUUCAUUCCUCCUCUGGCAGUGGCGGCGGCGGCGAAGAGCUGGGCACUGGGAUCUGGCCAGCUGCGCAGCUGCAGCGCGGAGCCCACCGGCCAUUUGAGUGGACAGAAGUGGAGCUCGGUCAGGGUUGAGGCCCCGCGCAUGGUCAGGGAGGCGGCUGGCGGAGCAUGAGGAAACUAGCCAAGAAAUGAAAGGAGCCUAUGAGCAGCACCCGGCAGGAGAUGACUGUGAUGGUGAACUCGAUGGACAAGAGUUACAUAGAGCAAGGCACAAGCUGCGAUGAAGUCUUCUUCUUCAUGGACACACACAAUCUAAACAGGAGAUAGUUUCUUUGAAGGGCAGUCUGCACCAUGGGAUUCUGCUAAGAAAGAUGAGAACAGAAUGAAGAACAGAUAUGGGAAUAUCAUUGCAUAUGAUCAUUCCCGGGCUAGAGACAAUAGAAGAAGACUUCAACUCAGACUAUAUCAAUGGAAAUUAUAUCAAAGGCCAAUGCAGGAGACCAUUUAUGACUUCUGGAGGAUGGUGUGGCAUGAAAACACAGCGAGCAUAAUCAUGGUGACCAACCUUGUUGGGAGUGGGAAGGAGAUCAGACAGUUUCACUUCACUGGCUGGCCCGGAAUAUGGGGUCCCCCACCAUGCCAAAGGGCUGCUGAGAUUUGUCAGGUCAAAUCCAAGAGCCUGCCCAAUGCAGGCCCAUUGGUGGUGCACUGCAGUGCUGGCACAGGAAGGACGGCUACUUCAUCAUCAUUGACAUCAUGUUGGCCAUGGCCGAAAGGGAAGGGAUGGCAGACCUCUGUAACUGCAUGAGGGAGCUGCAAUCGCUGAGGAUGAACCUGGUGCAAAGAGGUACUGCAACCCGCCCUCCAUCCUUUUGGCUUGGUCCCUGGUCUCUCCCCUGCAUCCCACCUUUAUAGUCCAAGGCAAAAGAAAGUCUGCCAACUCUUUCUUCAAGAUCUUCUAGGAUACCUGGCAAUAAAAGCUAAUAAAAUUGCACAGUGUUUAGGAACUGUGCACAGUGAAAGUAGGGAAAGGAGUGAAAAGAGCCGAUGGAAGAAACAAAAGACAAAACAGCUAACAGAAGGAAACAGGGAAGCAAGAGCUGGGGAACAAGAGGAAGCAGGAAAAGGGCAGAGGGGGGUGUAGGAGAAAGCCCAAAGGCAUCAGAGCAGUCCGCAGCGGUAGCGCUGUCAUUCUGCAGGGAACCCCUUCGCGGCUCCGCCCUCCCGCGCCUGCGCUUCCUGCGCCUCCUGGUCCCGCACGGAGUUGCUGCUUCCCUUAUUCCUCUCCUGGUGGCGGCGGCGGGGAGCGGGGCUCUGGGAUCAACCAAUGGCGCAGCUGCAAGUGGUUAAACGCCCAUCUCAGGGCUGAGUCCCUGCGUGCGCCACGGGGUCGGCGGGGCGGGCGGGUGGCCGAGCGCAAGCCUUACACUUGCUCGGAUCCGGGCGCCGCGCUGCAGAGGGGGCUGGGGGCGGCGGCAGCCCGGGAGCUGGCUUCCUGGGCGCUUUCUGGCUGCCAGGCGCAUGGGAAGAAACAGCCCCUCAGGCCGGCGGACUUCAAGCUGCAGGUCAUCAUCAUGGGCUCCCAAGGGGUGGGGAAGAGAAGCCUGAUGGAGCAUUUCACCGACUACACCUUCUGCGAGGCCUGCUAGUCCACCCCCUUUUGUAAGGAAGCUGUAGGUGUCUUAAUUAAAGGACUUGACAUUGA